AUGACCCCUAUGGCGACCCCCGGAUGCCGCCACCGCCAUCAACAGUCCUUCUCCGCCUACCGCAGUAGACCGUCAAGACCCCGUCGAGCAAGUCAUCGCCGACGUGCCACCGACGUCAGCAACAACCUCCACCACACCCACCAGCGCCACCACGCCCAUAGCACCUGCAACUUGCGGAUCGCGACCGUUUUACCGCAGCGGUCCAGCUUCUUGAGUCAGUCCAACUCGGCCCAAAAGCAGUCCAAAAGGGGUCCAGCUGAUUCGGGGAGGUCCGGGAAGUUCGUGACGGUCCGAAUCCCAACAUUCACAUGGUGCAACAACAGAGUUAAUUCUGAGCUAGUUGAGGAGCAGGCUGAUAGAGCUUUUGGGUCAAGUGACUGGCUUCAGACUUACCCUAAUGCUUUGGUGACUAAUGCUAUUAGAAGCUCUUCAGAUCACUCAGCACUGCUACUUGAUUUGGGACUACCAAGGGAAAGAAAGAAGGCAAGGUUUCAUUUUGACAAGAGAUGGAUUGGCAAAGAAAUUGAAAGCCACAUUGUUGACUACUAUUCUAACCUUUUCUCAUCAGAUGGUUGUUGGGGUGGAGAUUCUAUACUUCAUCUUAUCCCUCAAACAAUUACCCCAGACAUGAAUGAAGCAUUACUCAAGCCAGCAGAUGAAAAAGAAGUCAAGGGCUUAAUCAAGCAGGAUCUUAUGACUGUUGUCCUUAGCUUUUUCCAGUCAGUCAGUGGUUUUGUCACACCAUCAAGAGGUAUCAGACAAGGGGAUCCACUAUCCGCUUACCUUUUCAUCAUUGUUGCUGAACUGCUCACUGCCUUGAUUCUCAACUCCAUUUACUCUAGUUUACUUAAGGUUAACAUGCAAAAGUCUGCCAUUUUUGAUUGUCUAAUUUCGGAAUCCGAAUAUCAUAUGGAGGUAGGUUUUGCCGGUCUAGGUUGGGACUGCUUGACUCGAGACCGUGAUAUCGAGAAUACUCGUUGCCGAGCCCAGAAGACUAAAGGAAGGACUGAAAAAUGGAAAGAAAAUGCGCCCAGAAUUGCUCGCGACUCGCGAAAAUGUCGCGACCCGCGAAAAAAACUGAGGCUUAAGAGGCAGUCCGGAGCAUGA